AUAAAAGAGGUGUACCGGCCUCUUCAUCCUCAUGUCUACCACCUGCAGGAGUCCUGCUUCGCACCAAAGUUCAAGCAGAUCGUUGAGUACUGCCGCCGCGGCGACACCAGCGACGAAGGUCUCUUAGACUUGUUGGAGAAAGAGGCGGGUCAGCUGGAAAUUGCUUUCAUUUCAGCUUGUUAACAUCAAAGCACCCGUAACGUCACGCUAGUCUGAGUCAUAAUAGAUGUCAAAAAAAAAAAAAAAGAAAAGAAUUCAGUCAGAUGUUUUUGAGCAGGUGUUUUCAAACUUCAGCCCAAAGAAACUGGGGAAAAAAACAGACCUGCAAAAAAAACAUGACCAAAAUAAAUGAACAAAAAAUGAAUAAAUAAAGUGGGCUGUACCAUAUUCAGCUGUGCUUUCAGCUCAACAUCAUAUAUGCAUUCAGCAUAUUCCCUCUCCACACACACACACACUGGGGAGCUUUUGAGUUGUGUCCCAAAUUGCUUUUGUUUAAAAACUGAUCCAUUGUGUGACACAGCAUCAGAGGGAACCUCAGCAAACACAAACAUGAUAUUCAAACUGAAUUGGACAUUGAAAUUACGCAUUUUAAUUUCACAUGGUAAAUCUAAAAACUACCAUGUCAACGAUAAUAGCUGAUUAGAUAGAUUUCCCUUCACUGAAAGUAAGGGGCAAAACCCUCCUCAAAAAACAGCCCCAUCCCAGUACUUUUGCCUAUAUAGUGUGAAUACUAAAUGGAAAUACUAUUCAAUUCCAAUAUCUGUUUAUUUUUUAUUAAUUAAUUUUUUUGAGGGGUCAGAUGUGCUCACCACUCUGCAGUAUCACUCCUUGUCCCACCUAUGUACUUCUGUCUGCUAAAUUUGGUCUUUUGCUGCACAUUUGCUGUGUGUCUUCCUCUCUCUCUCAGCAUUUCCUGACAUAACUUCAGUUGUCCUAUCUGAAUAAAAGACAAAAUAAUAAUUAAAAAAAAAACUAGACUCAGUGGCUGUAGAAAGUCAUUAAAUGUAUUUAAUUGUAAUGGCAUUUUGUGACUGUAUUCCAAAUUGGAAUGAUUGUUAUUAUUACUAUUAUUUACUCCUAAUAAUAGUUGUGGUACUACGGUACAAUUCUCUGCUUCAUUGUAGUGCCUCAUUUUGUGAUGAGUAUAUUUAUGGCUCAAAUAAUUAUUAAUCAAAUAAUAAUAAUAGAAAAAAACAUACUUGUCAAGCCCCCCAUAAUUACAGUAUACAUCAAAGCUGCAACAUUAAAAACCUGGAUGUAUCAUUACUGUAUUUUGUGCCAGAGACGUUUGUAGCAUUAAGGGUGUAUCGCUUCCCUAUGUUUGAGAAGAGCUUCUGUGAGGAGCUGUUGGAGGAGCUGGAACACUUUGAGCAGUCGUCCGCCCCUAAAGGAAGACCCAACACCAUGAACCAUUAUGGGAUCCUUCUGAAUGAACUGGGCUUUGAUGAAUUCUUCAUCACGCCCCUCCGUGAGCGCUACCUGCAUCCGCUCACCUCCGUGCUGUACCCGGACUGUGGGGGGUGCUGUCUGGACAGCCACAAGGCCUUUGUUGUUAAAUAUGACAUGAAUGAAGACCUGGACCUGAGCUACCACUUCGACAAUGCAGAAGUCACCCUUAAUGUCUCCCUGGGCAAGGACUUCACUGAGGGAAACCUUUAUUUUGGAGAUAUGAAACAGGUGCCUCUAAGUGAGACAGAGUGCACAGAAGUUGAACACAGGGUGACCGAGGGCCUCCUCCACCGGGGCCAACACAUGCACGGGGCCCUGCCCAUUUCCUCUGGCCAGCGCUGGAACCUCAUCAUCUGGAUGAGAUCUUCUGAGGAGCGCAAUAAACUGUGCCCCAUGUGCAACAAGAGGCCGACACUGGUGGAAGGGCUGGGCUUUGCUGAUGGGUUCACCAAACAGCCUGUUGCACCGCUGAACACUUCAUGCGUGCUGACAUGAUGUGUCCCACAGCUAAUGGCCAUUAAGAAAGCUACUGUGUGCCUAAGAUUUGAAAUUUACAAAACUGGCUUCCCUGGGUGGCAGUUUAUUAAAAAGACCCUGUGGAUGUUGAAGGAUUGGAUACUCUUGAGAAUGCUUUUGCUUCAUCCAUUCAUCCAUUUUGGUAGACAGAUUUUCUGCAGUUUGAUAAUUGUAGAGUUAAUUAAAACCACAGUGAGCAGGUGUGUGCCCCUGUAGCACAGUUGUUAGAGCAUGUGACCCAUGUACUGAGGCUGUCUGUCCUCUGCGGUGGCUGCAGGUUUGACUCCUGCCUGUGGCUCGCUCGCUGUGUGUCUUCCUCUCUCUCUCAGCCUUUCCUGACAUAUCUUCAGCUGUCCUAUCUGAAUAAAAGACAAAAUAAUAAUUAAAGAAAAACAAAACUAGACUCAGUAACUGUAGAAAGUCAUGAAAUGGAUUUAAUUGUAAUGGCAUUUUGUGACUGUAUUCCAAAUUGGAAUGACAAAUAUUUAUUGUUGUUAUUAUUACUGUUAUUUACUCCUAAUAAUAGUAGUGGUACUACAAUUCUCUGUUUCAGUGUAGUACCUCAUUUUGUGAUGAGUAUAUUCAUGGCUCAAAUAACUAUUAAUCAAAUAAUAAUGAUAGAAAAAAAAACAUACGGUAUACAUCAAAGCUGCAACAUUAAAAACCUGCUUAAUAGUUUGUAUGUGCCCCUCGUACUGUCAAAGCAGCUCUGGCCUGUCAGGGGAGGGAACACAGGAUCUCUGGGGUUCGACAUUGGAAUGUUGGAUUUGGGUGCUGUGCAUUGAGGGUGUAUCAUUACUGUAUUUUGUGCCAAAGACGUUUGUAGGUACACACCACACUCUUACAUUGAACAUGCCUCUCAUGUGAGAAACACUGCAUGUAAACACAGCCUGAGUUUGUUUACGAGCAAAGUCAACAGGGCAUCUUUAAUUUUAUAAUGACAUUAUGGAGGUAACUUGUGGCACAUAUUGGUUUCAGCUCCAGUGGAUAGCUAACAUGUCAGGGUCAGUGCAACCUUUUUAAGAAAACAUCCGGUAUAAGACCUUUCUCCAUUUUUAUUUUUAUUGGUCAGUAAUUAUCGAUAUCUGCCUUUGGCCCUGAAUCUGUUUUUCUGCCAGUAUAAUGUGCUUGGUUUUGUCAUGUGUGAUCAUAUGUGAUUGGCUGGAAGUAAUCUGGUGUUUUCCUACUGACCAACUGUGUUGACUGUUUUUGUGAAAUGUAAUUAAUCAGUGGUCUGGAUCAGAAAGUGGAUGAUGAUGAUGAUGAUGUGUAUUUAACUUCUGGCAUUGCCAAGUCACACAUUUCUGUGUUAUGUCAUCGAUUUGAGGGAUGAUCAACACAAGACAAGCCACACAGUUUGGAGUAAAUAGUAUUUUAAUUACAUAAAUUAUAAUUCAUAAAUAUUCAGCAUGUGCUUUUCUUGUUAUUGUCAUGUGCAUGUGGUGUUGUGGUGGGAGUUCAUUUUGUUCUCAAACAGAGUGUGAGAGUGAAAACACAAAUACAGUAUAAACCCGCACACUGCAUCUUGAAUAAUAAAUCAAUCAACAACAUCAGGAC